GACCCUUGACAACACCAGAGUCAACCGUCAACCCAGGAACUGUGCAGUUGUUCAGUUGUUCAGUUGUUCAGUUGUUCACUUGUUCACUUGUUCACUUGUUCACUUGUUCACUUGUUCACUUGUUCACUUGUUCACUUGUUCAGCUAUCGAGCGAUCCAGCCAUCUAGCUAUACAGCCACCCAGCUAUACAACCUUCCGCCAUAUAUUCCAAUCCCAAUUCGAUCCAUAUCUGCACCCACAUCCACACCCACAUCCAUCCAUGAAAGAAUAACCGCUUGCAAUUAUUACUGCAUCUCAAUUUAAUUAACUAGAAUUCCAAGUUAUUCCUUUCCAGACUCAUUCUCCUCUCUCUCCUUGCUUAUUCUCACUCCAUUUCUUCCUUCACGCACUCGUUUGUACCAUCAUCCAUGAAAGGAAACUUCUCCGUCGCACCACACAAUCGGUCUCUCGAAUCUCACUGCCCAUCUCUUGCUGUUUCCCCCCAACUUCCAUUCAAAGAAAGAAAAAUCAUUUCAACUUCCCACCAACAAUCCGAGAGGCCCCAGAGUCUCUCUUACGCAAUUCCACACAGACGAGACGAUCUUCACAAUCAAUCUCCUUCACUCACCUAGUAAUCUUAAUCUUACUCACGAAGAAAACAAACUGCCCACCCCCCUUCCCCCCAAAACAAGAGCUGAGCCUUGCUUAUAUGGUGACGACGAAAGCUAUAUCACCGACUCGCAACCCCACAAUUCGCGCAAACAAACUUACCGCAUACAUACAUACAUCCAUCCAUCCAUACAUAUUACCUACUACACAUGAGACUCGAGCUUUCAACACAACCCACACUGCUCAACAACAUUGUUUUCCGUUUGGCGCAAACCUGCGCGGUGGCGCCAGUGAUCUUUGGGUGUGCACGAUAUGUCUGCCUUUGUCCGUGUCUCCGGACCACCAAACAGUAAUUUUCUGGUGGGCUAUCCGGGUAUUUCUGCUACGCUUCCUAGGAUAGAGGGUAAAGUAGAGAUUCGGCCCCUCACUGGGAUUUCUGCGCCGAUAGCGAUAUCGUUGGUACGAAUAUGUCUACAGCGAAGAGAAACGGUUCAUCCAUCUGCGGAAUCGAUAGCUAAGAAACACUUGGGGACACCGCGAAGAGAAACGAUAGAUGUAGUUGGGAAGGAGCUUUUAUUGUUUCGAUGUACGGCCGGAAAGGAAAGCGAAAGUGUGGUUUUGAUGGAUCUGCCUUUCGUAUUAUUCAUACCAUUUGGAAGGGGCGGAGAGGAAUCGAAUCGUAGGAUCCCACCGGCGAGUUUACAAUUACCAAGUCGCACAGCGGAAACCUACUAUGAGUUGGUGGUUACGGUUCAACAAGGACAAGAUCAAAAGAAAUUCGCCUUUCCAGUCCCCAUGCAGAGAUAUGACACUCUUUCAACCUUUGGCAUGUAUAAUCGACCCGAAUCUGCAGAGAAGAAUUCGGAUCAUCUGGUCACUCUGAGAAUUACAAUCCCUCGAUGGUCAUUUGGUCCUUCGGAUCCAGUUAGCGUUUACAUCCAUUUAUUUCCAAACUCUCUUUAUAUGAAGAAAGCUACAAAAGUAGUCAUACAAAAGAUUACAAUUGGCAUAGAAGAGGAAAUCACAUAUAACCCAGAAGGAGAUGAACCAACGAAGAAAAUCAAUCGCAUAGCUAAGCAGACGGCGACAGUAGGAGCAAAAUUACCAGAGGCUGGAUAUUUUACAACUCUAGGGUUGAUAUAUCCAUCAAAGGAUUUGAGGGAUUCGGAGGGAAUCAUUAGGAGAGGGAAAGCUGCAUUUCCAAUGCAUUUUGUUAAUUCGUUUACGACCACGGGGACCUUAUACAAGAUCGAGUUUUUUCUCGUUAUAAAGGUUCACCUCUCCGGGGCUCGAGAUAUUACUCAUCGUCAACCAAUUACUGUAUGUCCAUUGAAUGAACAAGAGUGUAAAGAGGAAAUGGACGCAAUUGAACAAGCAGCAAAAGAUGCAUCGCAUGUGGAUCCAACGAACCCAAUGUUACCCGCCUGCACAAUUAUUAGGGCAAAAGAUCCAAGUGCUUUGAGAGCAUUAGGUUGGACAAUGGUAGGAGGUUUCAGAAAGAUGGUUAUUGAAUGAAAGGAUGAGGGAAUGAAUGAAGCUUUGAACUCGUAAUAAGGAGAUUUUGGAUGGACAAUCACGAGAUUGAAGUGAUUUGGAAUUGAGAGGCCUUGGAUUUGAUUUGACAGUGAUUAUCGAGGAAUUGUUCGGCUGAGAACUAUUAAGGGGGUCGAAUGCAUACGAUAACUUGCGGCAUCGAUAGAUGUAUGCGAAAGUCAGCAGACCGUUCAUACCAUGGCGACAAGCUUCAUAACGAGUAUCAUAUCAGAUUACGAUACCCAAGGCUGAACAAAAACGAGUAUGAUGUGGUGGGGGUGUAGUGGGGGUAUAUAUGAUUUGACCUUGAAUAUUAGGUUUUGGCCAUGUCAAUCGAUCAAGAAGUAUUGGAGGACAAAGUUUCCCCGGCGAACAAAUCAAAUAUGAGUUGAUGAGAGUGGAAGGGUAGGGAAAUAAUGGAUCUGGUAGAGCUGGA